UACGAUGAUAAAUGGAAAAAUUGCUACACUGACAUGUUUCUUGUCGAUGAAGGGAAGAAACUUGCUAAGCCCUAUAAUCGCCAAGGUUGGGUCGUUCCCCUAAAGAAUAUCUGCGAAAAGGUGGGCAUUUCUUCGAACUUCUUCACUGACAACCGCGGUGUCACAAUACAAGAGGCUAGGGUGCAAGUGCUGCGUUCCCGACUAGAGAUGACGAGUGACGCUAGUUCUUGGCUCACAGAUCACGAUUCGCUGGUGUCAAGGAAUACCGAAUUGACGUCGUAUCUAGCAACCGAGUUAGAUCCACGUGCACUGCAGACGCGUCUUGCACUCUACAAUGAACAAACGCAUGCUGAUCGCGAUAGGAUACGAGUGGCUGGGAAAUGUAGGUUGUAUUUUACCUUUGCGUGA